AAAGCCAGUCGAUCAGUAGUGUGCAACUGUUCACAUAUCCCCUACAUUACAAAUUUGGAAUCCUCUCAAAAUUAUAGUCAGCUUUUUUCACUAUUCAUAAAAAAUGAAAUAUCUAAUUACUUAUCCCCGAUUGGGCAAUAUGCCAAGCCACUCCUACGAAGUUACACAAGUCCAGCCGCCAAUCUAUUAAAGGUACCAAGAGUUGAGAUCAAAGAUGGGAAACUUCGUUAUUUAUUGAUCAUGGUUUACAUCCAUGGUGAUACGAGGCAUGGCCGGACUGUCGUGCGUGGGUGGAACACUGAUAGUCAUGAUGAUAUCUACGACAAGAAUGUAAGUGCUAUGGAGAAAUUGGGACUGUGUACCAAGUGUCUUGGCGGCGGAAGAAUUGAUAACGACGAGGGUGCUAAGAAAAUUAAAAUUCAUGGAAGCUGUAAGACCUUUGGAGCUGCUAACCAUUACAAAACAAAGGAUAUACUACUAUCUUCGUCCAAAUACAAGAACUUUGAUAUCUCCGUGAAGAAAUAAAAAUGAUUUUUUGAAUUUAUAA